UCCCAUACGUGCAGAGGAAUACCAAGCAAUAACGCAUUCUCAGAAAUUGAUGAAGAGGAGGAAAAAAAAACACCUCACACAUUUAGCUGAUUAUACGUCUUGAUUUAGGAGGAAAAAAACUAUUCUAUUCACAAGCAAUUGGAUGAGAGUCAUAUUUGCCCUUGGCAACUGAAGAUGACGUUACUAUGGAAAUGGCUAGUGCUGCUAUCAAUCACUGGCUGCCUUGCAGCUUAUGCAGAUGAUGCACUGUUUCACGGUCCGAGGUGGAGAACAGAACCCAGUGACCUGAUUCUCCCUGUCCACUCCCCAAAGCAGGAGGCUGUCCUAGCAUGCGAGGCCUUGGGCAUCCCUCUUCCACAGUACAGAUGGUCUCUGAAUGGGACACUCAUUGAUCUCGACGGUGACGAGAGGCGUCAUGUGUCUGGAGGGAACCUGAUUAUCAACACAUUGGAUCGAGUCCAAGAUGCAGGCAUUUACCAGUGCUCUGCCUCCAACGCCCGAGGAAUCAUCCUGAGUCACAAAGCCACUGUGCAGUUUGCAUAUCUAGAGAACUUCAAAACCCAGCUCAGAAGUGCUGUGAAUGUGAGGGAAGGCCAAGGUGUUGUUCUGUUAUGUGGAACCCCAAUGCAUUCUGGAGAACUUACUUUUGCUUGGGUCUUCAAUGAGUACCCAAAUUUUAUCCAGCCAGACAGCAGACUCUUUGUGUCCCAGGAGACUGGAAAUCUUUAUAUUGCAAAGGUUGAACCAUCUGACGUGGGCAACUACACGUGUGUCGUCAACAACAGUAUCACCAAGGAUAAAGUGCUCAGUUCACCCACUCCUCUGGUGCUGAGAAAUGAUGGUGCAAUGGGAGAAUAUGAGCCCAAAAUAGAAGUUCAUUUCCCAGACACUGUGCCUGCUGCAAAAGGAUCGUCUGUGAAACUAGAGUGCUUUGCCCUGGGGAACCCGGUUCCUAAAAUCAGUUGGAGAAGAACCAAUGAUGUGCCAUUCCCAAGUAAAGUCAAACUGAGUAAUUCCAAUGCUAUCCUGGAGAUUCCCAGAUUCCAGCAGGAGGACACAGGCACAUACGAGUGUGUGGCAGAGAACAGUCGAGGAAAGAAUGCAGCAAGAGGCCGCCUCUCUUUUCAUGCCAAACCUUAUUGGCUGCAGACCAUGACAGCCACAGCCUUGUCCAUUGAGGAGAACUUAUUUUGGGAGUGCAAAGCCAAUGGGAAGCCAAAACCAUCAUACAGCUGGCUAAAGAAUGGAGAAGCGCUUAUGUCUGAGAGUCGGGUGCUCAUAGAGAAUGGUGCUCUCACCAUCUCCUCACUGACCCUGUCUGAUGGAGGGAUGUAUCAGUGUGUGGCAGAGAACAAGCAUGGCAUCAUUUAUGCCAGCGCUGAACUGGUGGUGUUAGCAUCACCACCCAGUUUUUCCGAGAGCCCCUUGAAGAGCGUGUUGAAAGUUCGUGCUGGCAGUGAGGUGACUUUGGACUGCAGACCACAAGCUUCACCCAAAGCCGUCAGCCUGUGGAAGAGAGGGCACUACAUUAUCCCUAAAAAUGAAAGAUUCUCUUUCUUCCCCAACGGAACACUAAAGAUUACUAAUGUGACUAAGCAAGAUGGGGGCAUUUACACAUGCAUUGCCAGAAACCAGUUUGGCAGUGCAAGUACUGCAGGCCGCCUGCUGAUUACGGAGCCGAGCAGGAUCACACAAGGACCCAGCAGCAUGGAGAUUAUGGUGGGCGAGAGCAUUGUGCUGCCCUGCCAGGUAACUGUGGAUCCAUCACUGGACGUGAGCUUCUCCUGGGCCUUUAAUGGCCAGCUUAUCGACUUUGAGCACGACUCAGAGCACUUUGAGAGAGUUGGCGGAAAGUUUGCUGGGGAUCUCAUGAUUCGAAAUAUUCAGCUUAACCAUGCUGGGAAGUAUGUCUGUAUUAUUGAUACAGAUGUGGAGAGCUUGUCUGUGGAUGCAGUCCUGAUUGUGGAAGGCGCACCAGGUCCCCCAGACAGUGUGUUGGUGGAGGAGAUUACAGAUAGCACAGCACAGCUCUCAUGGAGCCCUGGAAGAGACAAUGGCAGCCCCAUCACUGGUUAUGUCAUCCAGGCCAGGACACCCUUCACCGUGGGCUGGCAGGCUGUGGACACAGUUCCAGAGGUCAUCAAUGGCAACACAUUGACUGCUACGGUGGUGGAUCUGAAUGCUUGGGUAGAGUACGAGUUCCGGGUGUUGGCCAGCAACAGUGUAGGAAUGGGAGAACCAAGCCCCCCCUCUGCCAAAACCAUGACUGAAGAUGCUAUUCCUGAUACAGCUCCCACUGAUGUAGGAGGAGGGGGCGGCACCAAGUCAGAAUUAGUGAUAACAUGGGAGCCAGUCCCAGAGGAGCUACAGAAUGGAGAAGGCUUUGGUUACAUCGUUGCUUUCCGACCAGCGGGCACAGUCACCUGGACCCGGGCAGUGAUCUCCUCGUCCACUGUAGCACGAUAUGUUUACCGAAACGACACACUACCACCUUUCUCGCCCUUUGACAUCAAAGUGGGUGCUUUUAAUAACCGUGGGGAAGGACCCUUCAGCUCCAUUGUCACUGUGUUCUCAGCAGAGGAAGUGCCGAGCAUAGCACCUGAGAGAGUUGUGGCAAGAAUCCUCUCUGCCUCCGACAUCGAAGUCAGCUGGGAAGCAGUACACUCGAGCCCUGAGAGAGUACUCGGCUAUGAGGUGGUGUACUGGGAAGAUGACACUAAGCCGGAAACUGUAGGUAAAGUGAGAAUCAGCAACAACUCCACUGUGGUCAGUGUUAGCGGUCUUCAGGGCAACACGCUAUACUAUUUAGCUGUGUGUGCCUUCAAUACUGCGGGAAGCGGCCCUCAGUCUCUGCCUGUUAAUGCUACCACUAAGAAACCACCUCCAGGGCAGCCACCGCAAAAUGUGGAGUGGACUCUGAUAGGCUCGCAGCUCACACUGCAGUGGGACCCAGUCAUCGCUCUGGAUACUGAGUCUGAAGUCACUGGAUAUGUGGUAAUGUACAGGCGUCACCGCAAUAAUGACAUGUACACAAUCACCACCAAUAAAACCACAGUGGAGCUGACGCUCUCUCCCAAUGAUAACUACGUCGUACAGAUUAAGAGCCUGAGUGAAGGUGGCCUUGGAGAAGGAAGUGAACCUAUCCAUAUUCACCAACUUAGUAUGGGAGCCCAAGGUUCUGGAAUAGGAAGACGAGACACCCUCACACUCUCGCGCCUCCUCAUAACGGCACUAGUCGCCCUUAACGCCUCCUGAAGGUUUUUCUCUUGUGAGCAGCAUCUCCUCCUGACUCCAAUCUCUCUCUCUCUCGCUCUCAGACACACACACACACACACACACACAAACACACACACACACACACUUCAUGCUCUUAACC